AUGAAGAUCCUACAGACACCCGAGGAGCAGCUCGCUGUUGCCAGAGCCACCAUCAAGCGACAGGAGCAGGAGAUUCUACAGUUGAGAAUCGCGGUGCGCCAACUCCAGCGAGCCUCGAAGAACAGGGGCCAGCCCGCUGUCAAUCAGCACACGCAAACCCUCCAGCAACGUCUCGCUUCAGGUACCAACGAUGCGAGUUCGAGCGGCUCAUCCACUCCAGCCACCUCCAUCUCUUCAUCCACCACUUCCAAUGACUCCAAACAAGCGCCACAACGCUUCGUCUUGAAGGGAGUGGCAUACACCUACAAGAACGGCAAGCUUGGACCGAGCGGGCCCGGUUACCUGCGAUCCACUGAGGCCUCGGUCAACAAGUUUGGCAGCUACGAGCGCCGGAGGGAGCUAAAGGGCGGCAUCGAGCGCCCUUCUCCGGAUCUAGUCGACUGGUGGAUCUCGAACGUGACACCUGACGCUGUUAUGACAAUCGGGCGCAAUGUUGUCGUUAAGAAACAACAGCCGGUGCAGAUCAUGUCACGAGAAUGGCUCGACGACAGAACCGAGAAGAGACGACUGGAAAUCCAGACGCGCCUCUCUGACAACGCCUGGGUGUCGGAGCGCGCUAACAACGUAUGGCUUGACAACAACAAGACAUACGAGAUCCUAUUCACCGCCGAGCGGCUGGGCAAGGAGUGUUUCCGGGAAUGGCUGCGGGUCAACCGGCCCAAAUCAUGCCCCCGCUACUUGUCAGAUGUCGACUUUGGCCGAGACUGGCUGACUCGUUUCAUGGACAAAGAGACUGCUGGAUACCGCGCCACUGACUGCUACGAGCUCCUCUGGGCUCUAGAGACGAUGAUUGAUCUCAGAAAUAUGGUGCACCACUUCAGGGGAUGCUGUCUGAUGUCGGCCGAAGAACACCUGCAAAAAGUGCAGAAACUGGCAGUGUACCUGUACGAUGAGGAGGGUGCGCAUGCCGCCAGGGCCCUGAGGGACCGGCUUCGUGGCGAGGCUGAGGAGGUAGCCCGGGAGCUCGAGACGGCCACCCUCCUGACGGCGCUUCCUUUCACCGGAGACUUCCGGUGGAAGCCUAACCACACCGAACUGUUCCAGCACAUCAACUGGCAUAAUGAUGAGCGCUUUUACGAGGAUCAUUCGCCGGCGGUUGUCUUUGGCGCCAUGGAGUGGGCCAGGCGGGGCUCUGAUGUGAGCUGGGACUGCGGGAGGGCCGUGGAACCCAGCCUGGCCACGGUCCCGAGACUAGAGGGCGUUGGCUGUGGGAGUGUGCGGGCUUCUGUUGCGGAGGAUCGGCAGGGCCGCGUGCCAGUGAGGCGUGACGAGGCGGUGGAUCCUCGUUGGAGGAGUGCAUCUGCCAACGGUCCUCGAAGGCUCCGCGGCAAGCCUGCCCCCAAACAGGGCGCUGCACGCCGGGGGAGCUUCAGCGUCGGGGAAGGUGACAGGUCGAUGUUGUAG